AAAAAAUACUACCAUUGCCAUUGUGACAAGAACAGAACAAAAAAAAAACACUGCCUAAUCUCGUGAAAAAUGGUGGACGGAAACGCUGUUUGCAUCAGUUUCAACAGAUGGGAGGAUACGAUACGGCACUCCUUUAUCAGCCAUCUCUCUGCCGAGUUUCGCCGCAAAAGCAUAUAUGUCUCAACCUGCCAAAACUCUGAUGAAGCUAUAGCCGAGGCUAAAGUUUCCGUGGUGAUUUUAUCCGAGAAAUCUGUUUCGAACUAUCGGUUCCUGAACGAGUUAGUGAAGGUUUCUGCGUGCCGGAGUAGCCACGGCCUGCUGGUGGUUCCAGUUUUCUACGGGCUCACCAAGUCCGUAUUGAGGAAAUAUUGCUUGCUGUUGAAAAAGAUGUAUCCUGAAGACCCGGUAGCCGACUGGCGCAAUGCUCUUCUUGAAAUCGCUGACUUGCGAGGAUACGCAUCAUCUCUUGAACGAAGCGAUUCCGAGCUUGUGGAGGAGAUCGUUGCAGACGUGCGUCAAAAGCUUGACCUCGAGGGUACAAUUGGAGUCUACUCAAGAUUGACGAAGAUACAAAACUUGAUCCACAAGCAACCACUAGGCAUUCGAAGCUUAGGGCUUUGGGGUAUGGGAGGCAUAGGGAAAACGACACUUGCAAAAGCAGCUUUAAAACAAUAUUCGGGUGACUUUGAAGCCUCUUGUUUCAUCGAAGACUUCGACAAGGACUUUCAGGAGAAGGGAGUCUAUGGGUUAUUAGAGAAACACUUGCGGGAGAAAGUUGGCUUAAGCAGUCAUGUUACGAGACUGAGCCUCCUGAUAGACACAUUACGACAAAAAAAAAUUCUUCUCGUUCUCGACGACGUGCGCAAGCCACUGGGUGCAACGACUUUUCUGUCUGAAUUUGACUGGCUCGGUCCUGGAAGCUUGGUAAUCAUAACUUCCCGAGAUAAACAAGCGCUUGUACAGUGCCAGGUCAACGAUAUAUACGAGGUUCAGGGCUUGAAGAAGCACGAGGCGCUUCAGCUCUUGUCCCGAUGUGCAUUUGGGAAAGAUGUACCAGCAGAUGAAAAACUCAUGGAGCUGUCUAUGAACCUCGUUGACUAUGCUGAAGGAAACCCUUUAGCUCUCAGCGUUUUUGGUGAAGAACUGAAGGGAAAAAAAACACUGUCUGAAAUGGAGAGUGUUGUCCGAAAACACAAGCGGCCUCCUCUUCCCGACAAGAUUUUUAACACACUCAAGAUCAGCUACGACUCGCUUGGUGACACCGAGAAGGAAAUAUUUCUGGAAAUAGUGUUUUCCUUUAGGGGAGUGAAUAUCGACGACGCGAUGCAGUUUCUUGAAGGUUGUGGAUACUUUCCUCGAGUUGGAAUCGAUGUCCUUAUGGACAAAAGUUUGGUAACUGUUUCGGACAACAGAGUACAAAUGCAUAAUUUAAUAUACGAUCUUGGUCUCCAAAUCAUCAAGGAUCCUACUGAAGAGACCGAGACGGCUUAUAGAUUCGUAGAUGCUUCCAACAUUCAAUCUCUCCUUGAAGAAAACGAAGUCAGAGAUCAUGAAGCAGCACCAACAAUGUGUAUUGAAGAUAUUAAAGGCAUUAGCUUGGACGUGUCUAACUUAGACUUGGAAGGUCAUAAUAUUGCGUUUAAGGAAAUGUACAACCUUAGAUCUCUGAAGGUUCACAGUUCCAAUGCUGUUGAGAGCCCCAUAUUAUGUCUUUCCGAGGAACCUCAGUCUUUGCCGCCUGAGCUAAGACUUCUCUACUGGACAUAUUGUCCUCUGAAAUCAUUGCCACAAAAUUUUGAUGUUCAGUAUCUUGUGGAACUCAAUAUGCCAUGCAGUCAAUUUCGGAAACUUUGGGGAGGAACCAAGAAUCUUGAGGUGUUAAAGAGGAUCACGCUCAGCAAUUCCCUUCAACUAGUUAAUGUUGAUGAACUUCAACAUUCUCGAAACAUCGAGCUAAUUGAUCUCCAAGGAUGUUCAAGUUUAAAGAGUUUUCCGGACAUGGGCCAAUCACAACAUCUCCUAGUUGUUAAUCUCUCAAACUGCAUAGAGAUCAAAUGUUUCCCAAAGGUGCCACCGUCUAUCAACAAACUGCAUCUCCAGGGAACCGGCGUAAGAGAGUUAAGUACUCUUGAUAGCUUUUCUAGUCAAGAUCUCGGCAAUCUUGUUUUCUUGAAUGUGAAAAACUGCUCUAACUUGAGAACUCUGCCUGACAUGAUUACUUUCGAGUCUCUCCAAGUUCUUAAUCUUUCUGGCUGCUCAGAACUUGAGAAGAUUCAGGGUUUGCCACAAAACGAAAUCCCAUCUUCUUCUCUGUGUAGUAAACUUGUAACACUAGAUAUGGAGAAUUGCAAAAGGCUUAUACACCUGCCGAUGGGUAUGUGUAACAUGGAAUCUCUUGCCAAGCUGAAACUAUCCGGCUGCUCAAAUCUUGAAAACAUUCAAGAUUUACCAAGAAACCUCAAAGAGUUAUAUCUGGCCGGCACAGCGGUCAAAGCCUUCCCAUCACCGUCUCUUGAGAAUCUCUCUAACCUUGUCAUAUUAAGUUUGGAGGAUUGCAAAAAGCUUCGGCAUCUACAAGUAGGAAUGAGCAAGUUGGAAUCUCUCGUCACGCUCAAACUCUCUGGCUGCUCGGAGCUGAAGACUAUAGCUGAUCUCCCUCAAAAUCUAAAGGAGUUAUAUCUUGGUGGCACUGCCAUCAGAGAACUGCCAUCUUCUAUUGGAGAUCUCGCUGAACUCGAUACACUAGUUUUGAAGAGCUGCAAAAGACUCCGACGCUUGCCGGUGGAAAUGCUGAACCUGAAUCCUCUCAAAGUUCUUGAUCUACUGAACUGCACAGAACUUGAGGUAGUUACCACUACUCUCCCAAAAGUCAGAGAGUUACGUCAAGCUCAUAAACUCACGCCACUUAGAUCAAAGCUUCCAUCUUCUGUCUCAAGAUUCUACCAACAGAUAGUCACUUUGUCUCUGCAUAAGGCGCGCUUGGAACACAUUCCUGAAGAUAUAUGUUUGAUGUCUUUGCUAAAGGCAUUGGAUCUCAGUGGCAACUGUUUCAGAAACAUUCCAGAAAGCAUCAAGGAGUUUACUAAACUGCUCAGUCUAAGGCUAUGCCAUUGCAAAAACCUCAGAGUACUCCCAGAGCUUCCCCAAAGUCUACAACUCUUGAAUGCUCACGGUUGUUCAUCUCUGAUAUCAAUUCCUCUAGACUUCUUCCAGAGUUCUAGUUACUACACAUUCAGUAAUUGCUUUCAUCUCUCGCCCUACAUGGUCAGCUACGUUCUAGCCGAGGCACAGGCUACUGUGGAAGAACAACACAUGGUGGGACCACAACGUCAGCAGAAACUUGAAAAAGUUCUGGCUGUCAGGCUGUGUCUACCCUGUCGAGAUUCUAAAUAUAGACUACACCCUUAUCUCCAACCAGGGUCUUCUGUGAUGCUAAGACUAAACCACUAUUCAAGAAGCAUGCUCGUGGGGUUUGCUCUAUUUGUUGAAGUUUCCUUCUCAAAGGAUUUUCAUAAUGCUGCUGGUUUAGGCUUCAGGUGUGUUUGCAGAUGGAAUGAUAAGAAAGGCCGUGGUCAUAGACUUGAGAAUGUUUUCAAGUGUUUGCCUCCAGGAGAGGCUGUUCCCAAGAUUACAAAAGAUCACAUGUUUGUCUUCUUUGACCUAAAAAUGCAUCCAAGCACGUUUAUCUUGGCUGAUCUAGUUGUCUUUGAUUUGUACCCUGUCAACAAUGAGGAGAAGCCUAUAGUAGGUAAUAGUGUCAAGGUGAAGAAAUGUGGAGUCUAUGUGUUUGAUGGUGCAUCUGGCAGUUCAAGUCGAAGCACAAGCACGAGAAGACCUUCUUCGUUGGAUCGAUUUAGGCUUUCAGAAGAUGAAGUCAAAAGAAGGUUGAGAGUUAGUUAUGAUGGGUUGCAAAAAAGAGAAAAAGAUGUGUUUCUGUACAUAGGAUGCUUUCUCAGUGAUGAUAAAGUUGAAAUGCCACUGCCGUUUCUUGCUAACAUUGACUUUGGGUCAACGCUAGAGGUGUUGGCCAGUAAGUCUCUCAUAGAUAUAUCUUCCAAGGGGGAGAUAAGGAUGCAACUUUUGCAAAGAAAAUUGUGUAGAGAAAUUGUACGUAGAAAAUUCAUGAUGCAUGCUAGCAAAAAAGAGUUGGUAUCUGAAUUGCUUGGCAACCGGGAGUACCGUCACUUUUUGAGCUUCAAUAAGGAAGACGCUAAGAAAAGCUUCAUCAGUUACUUUAUCUACAAGCUCAAGAUCAAUAGACUUCGUGCGCUUCAUGAUGACCAGAUCCUAAAACGUUUGCUGACUGGCAAGGCUAUAAAGGAAUCGAUCAUUGAGGGGACAGGCCUUGGUGAAGCUAUUGUAGACAGAAGCAGAAGAAGAAAGGUAGAACAGAGGAGUCGACUAAUGAAGUGAAGAGAGGUUCUGAUCUGGAUAUAGGCUGAUGAGAGUUUUGGUGCAAUUCAUCAUUUACUUCAUACAUCUUUGGAAACGUCUCCUUAAAGUGGUUUACGAGCGAGAUCCUCCAGGGUUGUUGAGAUUUGAAGAAGGAUCCACCACAAACUCAAGCUGGUGUUAACUUAAAUAACAUUGCUAAUUAACUCUGCAGCACAAGAGGGAUUAUUUGCCUACUAUCUUAAAUGUGAGAAAUCAAGACUUACCCACUUAUGUUGCACUGAUUGUUCCCCCAUCUUCACUGAUGAGUGAUGGUCCUCCUAGCCUAGGAGUCCUAGGUCUGUCACCAAGAUUCCCCUUUGUUUCCCAAGUACUCCAGAGCAUUCCAGGAUGAGUAAAGAAAGAAAGGACCGGUUUCUUCUCUUUCAGAGCUUACAGAGGUGGAAAUCAAAACUAUAAAAGAUGAUACUGGUCUUUCUCAUGGAUUCCUAACAUUCAAAUAUCAAAUACCAGACCCCCAAGAAAAGUUCAGAUCUGGUCUAUUUAUCAAAUCCUUGAUAAUAGACCAACAAGCAAGUGACACAGAAUUGUGGGUGUUCUAAACACAAAUUCAUAACAUGGCUUCUCAUGCAUGCACGUUAGCUGUCAAACUCGGAAUCGUCUCCUCCUAUCCUAGUGUUUCCAAAUGGGUCCAGAAUGUCUGCUCUGUAUCAAUUAUGUAUCUUCUUGCAUAAAUUAAUAAUAACGUGAUCAAAACUUCAAAA